AUGGCAGUUGUCAUCGGCCGAAAUGAGGUUGGCAUCAAACGGACGACCCGUCCAACGACCAUAGCCAACAAUGAUGUAGCUAAACUGAUGUAUUAUCUGAAUUGUGUUUGUGAGACAAUCAAUUGCGAUCAAGAUGAAGAUAUUCGUCGUUUCACAAACUAUGCCAAUUGGGCACGAUUGUCCGCUGAGCAACGGAAACUCCUUCUUGUCCUCUGCUACACGUUCAGUCCAGAUGUUUUUGACGGCAAAGUUUUCUUUAACAUAGAAGAGCUCUGCGUUGAAUUCUCUAACGAAUUUUACGAAAUCAGCCAAUUACGUCAUCGACUCGUUGCUGUCGAAUCGAUUAUCAUAGCUGGUCGAGCACAUCAGGUGACUAAAAUCAUGACCUACACAAUGUCUUGGAUGCGAGCAUAUUAUCUUGAGCCCAUGCAACGGCUAGCAAGACAAUUUGCAGCCGAAUCAUCACGGCCAUCGUUGUCAGCACCACAUCGGCAACGACAGUCGACAAGACCAGUACCGGCACCAUCCGUGGACAGUAGUUGCUGUUGUACUAUUCUAUAA